AUGAGCGGCUCAGGACGGGAACUCCUGACACGCGCAUUGCGUUCGAUUGCACCGGCCACCAAAGCGGAUGCCGCGAUCUACCUCGCGUUGUCAGGGGGAGUAGAUAGUUCUGUUGCGGGUUUGCUUCUGGCAGAGCGUGGGUGGGCCGUAAAGCCAGUCUUGAUGCGAUGUUGGGACGAUGAUAGCGGCGAGCAGGACAUAGGAACUUGCCACGAGGCUGAGCUAAAGACGGCCUCUGCGGCUGCAGCGGCGUUGUCGCUCCCAGAGCCUGAAGUGUUCGACUUCGUCAAGGAAUAUUGGACUGAUGUGUUCGAUGGUGUUUUGCUUUCGGGGUUAGAGGCCGGGCGCACGCCAAAUCCAGAUCUAGCGUGCAACCGCAGCGUAAAGUUUGGCGCCUUUCCUGAGCGGCUUCAGCAGCACGCUGGAACGCACGUGACACCGCGCUUUGCUACCGGGCAUUACGCGCGACUGCGCCAGGACGGUGAACAGACGACGCUGCUUGCAGCUGUCGACGAGAACAAAGAUCAAACGUAUUUCCUAAGCUCAGUGCCUGGGAAAGCAUUGAGAAAGGCAUGUUUUCCUGUAGGGAGUUUGCUCAAAGAAGAAGUGCGGACAAUUGCGACAUACGCUGGUCUGCCCGCUGCUACUACACGCUCUUCUCGCGGAAUCUGCUUUGUCGGAAAACGGUCAAUGGCAACCUUUCUGGAACGGUAUCUCAAUGGUAGGAAGGGUGUUUUUAUCGAUGCAGACAGUGGAUCGAUUGUUGCGGAGCUACCGCAUCACGCUCAUACGUACACGACGGGGCAGCGCGCACGGAUCGGUGGAAGUACGGGGAAGGCGCACUACGUGCUGAGGCGGGAUGGAGACAAUGUGCUGGUGGUUGAAGGGCGAGAGCACCCGAAACUGUACACAACAGAACAAGUUUGUGGGCAGGUAGAUUGGGUCUCUGGUAAAGCACCCGACGGGUUGGGCCGUGAAGGUAUUAGACUCGAGUACAAGUCAAACUCAUCGGCAAGACGUCUGUCGUGCAUAGUCACAGCUGACGAUGGAGAAGGAAUUAUUAUUCAGUUUGAGCGGAUGCAGCAUAUCAUCGUAUCUGGACAAGCAAUUGUACUGUAUCAAGGCGAGGUAUGCCUCGGCGCGGCUUGGCCAUCUGGACAGGACGAGAGUAUCCAAGAAAAGCCUUAG